AUGUCUGAUUCUAGCGAUAAGAAGGGAAAAGCCCCUAAGCGCAAUGAAGAUGAGUCUGGAACUCAAUCUGACUCAGAAGCUCCCCCGAAAUUCGCUUCUCUACUCCUCGAACAAAACCCUGCCUUGAAGAAUGAGCUAGCUGCGAUGGACAAGGACCAGGCAGCUGCUCUGCUGCACAACAUGGACCUCUCGCAGAUGCUGACCGGAUUGGCAGUGGGAGGCAAGAACCAGAAGGAUAUGGCCUCAUACAAGUUUUGGCAGACACAGCCAGUACCUGCUUUUGAAGAAGCCGGGAAGAAGCAGAUCACCCAAGGACCUAUCAAGACCAUUGACCCAGAGAAGGUCUCCAAGACUCCCGAUGCGCUGGUUGAAGGGUUCGAGUGGUGCACUCUUGACUUGACGAACGAGGAGGAGUUGAAAGAGCUCUACGAGCUUCUUAACAAGCACUAUGUCGAGGACGAUAACGCCAUGUUCCGUUUCAACUACUCGGAAUCCUUCCUUCAUUGGGCACUGAUGUCUCCUGGAUGGAAAAAGGAAUGGCAUGUUGGAGUGCGUGCCUCAAAGUCGCGGAAGUUGGUUGCAUCCAUUUGCGGUGUCCCGACUGAACUCCGCGUACGGGGCGAGCGCAUCAAGGUGACGGAGAUCAACUUCCUGUGUAUCCACAAGAAACUCCGCUCCAAGCGCCUUACCCCCGUUUUGAUCAAGGAGAUUACCCGCCGCUGUUAUCUGAGGGGCAUCUACCAGGCCAUCUACACCGGUGGUAUAAUCCUGCCCACACCCGUCAGCUCCUGCCGAUACUACCACCGUUCUCUCGAUUGGUUGAAGCUCUACGACGUUGGCUUCUCCCCUCUCCCCCAUGGUUCGACCAAGGCCCGCAUGAUCACUAAGAAUCACCUCCCUAGCGAGACAUCGACCCCCGGUCUGCGGCCUAUGGAAUCUAAGGACAUCGAUGCCGUCUAUGAUCUGCUGGAGCGAUACAUGCGGCGCUUCGACUUGAACCAGGCCUUUACACGUGAAGAAAUUGAUCACUGGCUGGUUUACAAAGAGCAGCCCGGCAAGGAGCAGGUUGUCUGGUCAUACGUCGCCGAAGAUCCGGAAACCCACCAGAUCACUGACUUCGUCUCGUUCUACAACCUCGAGUCUACUGUGAUCGACCACCCUAAGCACGAUACUGUCCGUGCCGCAUACCUGUACUACUACGCGACCGAGACCGCGUUUUCUGACGACAAGAAAGCUUUCAAGGCUCGCUUGCAACUUUUGAUGAACGAUGCCCUGAUUUGCGCAAAGCAGGCCCGUUUUGACGUCUUUAAUGCACUCACCUCGCACGACAACCCCCUCUUCCUCGAGGAUCUCAAGUUCGGUGCCGGUGAUGGCCAGCUCCACUUUUAUCUAUACAACUACCGCGCUGCACCUAUUGGUGGUGGAAUUAACGAGAAAAACUUGCCCGACGAGUCGAAGAUGGGAGGCGUCGGUAUCGUCAUGCUGUAG